GCCUAUGAUUUUCAACAUGUCGUUGAAAUAAAAUAUGGCGAGCAUCUGAUGACUGGACGUAUACGUACGGUCUGGUGCUAGUUGUUUUUUGCUGACAUAUUCACAAAAUAAACGUUCUUCUGAGAAUAUGUCUACAGUUUAAUUUUCAACGCAAAUUGUACCGCAAUAUAUAUAUGUCGAGAAAAGUAGUAAUUUUAAAUGUUAACCUCAUAGGGGAAAAAAGUAUUUGUCUCUAUAUAAAUUGAGAUUUCAAACGAAAUUGGCGAUGCCAUUGAUUUUCAAGUCGCGCUAAGUAUUUUCAAAAGUACGGAGAUCAAUGAGAAAAUAUUGACAAUAUCUUUCAACUAUUAAGAGAUGAUAUGCCAGAUAUUUAUGUUUGAAGCGUAUCAGAAAGGCCUGUGAAUCAUUAAAUAAAAUUUCCUCACAUUAAGGAACAGGAAUGUUAUGCUAUUAAAAAGAAAUCGGAACAUCAUGUACAGCUUUGAAGGAGACUACAGACGUAAACCACAACAAAAUCUAGCAGGUGCAAGUAGAAGAGAUGAGAAGUCGGUUCUGUUACAGCACGCCCAAUUGGAACGUUUGAAACGGGAACAGCAGCGUAAAAGACACAAUGCAGCAUUGAAGAUCCAGGCACUUAUGCGCGGCUUCAUAGUAAGGAAGCACAUGAAAAUAAUUAAAAGGAAAGAAUUCGAUGAAGAGCAACAAAUAAAUAGCCGUAGAAAUUUAAGUCUAGACGAACUAACAGUAUAUUUCCAAAAAUUAUUGUUCUUUUAUAAUCACACCUUGGAUGCUAACAGACUUGUUUGGAUACUUCAACAUUUUUUAAAACAUCAACAAGAAAUCAAACAGAAAUGUGUGAAUUGUUCGGAAUGGCUAUGGAGGUUAAGAUGGAUUCUUCACAUGUGUAUGCGACACAACUCGGAAGUUUUAAUGAACGGAGCUUAUUCAUUGGCUAUACCAUUGAGAGCAUUAGAAACAUUUACAAGUCGAGAAGAUGCAGAGAAAAUUCUACAUGAGAAUAGUUAUAAAUAUUUAGAAAACAUUUUUAUUUAUUUGAUGAAGCACAAAUAUUUUGAUCAAUUAAGGAAAUUAAUAGAUAAUAAAGUUCCAUCUAUGUUAGAACCAACGUCUGUUGCGCCGACGCCAAUUUCAAAAUGUUUAGUCGAUAUGAUUAAACGACCGUUAGACUUAAUUUCUUUUCUAGAACAAGAAGGCAAUUUCUCUAUGCUUGUUCUACAAGAACUUUGUAGAAGCAUAUUAUCUUCUAAAAUGUCUGAUCCAGUAAGAAUGUUUAUCAUUCCAUCAUUGUCGGAAUUUGCAGAAUUUCCGUAUAAUCAAUUAAUUGAGUGUAUUGAUAGAAUUGAAAUAGAACCAACGAUAAGUUUACUUUAUUCCAUCUUAUCUCUGGAAUCGAAUAGAAUUUCUACAUGCAAAUCUAAAGAUGUUCUUAUUAAUUAUUUGCAAGUUCUUGCAUCUAUGAGUUCAACCAUAAUACCGUUAGCCGUCGAAGAAAACAUCGAACAAGGGAGCGAUUCGGACUCGGAGUCUACUGCAAAUAUGAUUGAUCAAGAUCAAGCUGAUAUUUUGCACGAAUGUAUAGAAAUGUUAAACGAAGAGCAACGUGUUCAAGGGAUACUCUUAGCGGUAGAUCGUAGCAAAGAUCCAGAAGUACUGCAACCAUUGUGUCAACUCUGCCAUCAUUUGCUAAUUACCGACAAACUGGCCAUUCAUAAGUAUAAACUGUUAUAUAUGCUCGCUUUUAAGCCGGCGUUUCUAAAGAAUUUAUGGUCUGCUUUAUUGUCGGCUUGUCAAAUGUCGCUGUUUGGUGGAGCUACCCCCCUCUUGCAAAUUAUAUCACGAGGAAUUGGUCUUUCUGCCGAGGAUACGAAAAAAAUAGUCCCACUGUUAGCUGUAUUUUGUUCGCUGUUCAGUCUACUUAUAGCAACGUUACACGACACGGAAUUCUUCACUCAAGAUCAAUCAUUGGACAUCAACGGGCAACAAACGAUGCCGUUUACUACUUCGGAAUUGGUAUUGCUGUCGAGUCAUUUGAAGGGCGUUUGCUUAGGUUUAGUAGAGCUUGCAUUCCCCGACAGUCGACCGACCGUACGAGACGACUAUAAGAGGGCCGUUCUUGGACCAUCGUGUUCCCUCCGGAACCAACAGGACACGCAAAUGUGGACCCAUUUGUUCAAAGUAACGGUCGGUUUAUUACGUCAGCUGCACAUGCGAGACUUGAGACGGCAGUUUUGUCCGGAAGGGCACUGGAUAGCUUCGAACAUUGUAAUACCAAUUGAUAAGCCUCAAGAUUUCACAUUUCGCAGACGUAGAUUGAGGGGGUACAUCCCAUUUCAAGGAUUGCGAGUGUUCACUCGAGAAGAGUUGGAGGAAGGGCCACCUCUCUCCGCAAAGGAAGUUCGGACGUUGACGCUCCUUCGCGAAAUACCAUUUGUCGUACCGUUUAAUAAUCGAGUAGUGGCGUUUCAAUCGUUGAUCUAUCGAGAUAAAACGGAACAACAAGGUGAACUGACGCACUUCAUGCAAGGGCCAUCGAUACAAAUAUCGGUAAGAAGAAACUAUCUCUACGAGGACGCGUUUGAGAAAUUAUCGCCGGAGAAUGAGCCAGAAUUGCGAUUAAAAAUGCGCGUACAGCUUUUCAAUACAGCUGGUUUAGAAGAAGCUGGUGUAGACGGUGGUGGUCUGUUUAGAGAAUUUUUAUCGGAAUUGUUAAAAACAAGCUUCGACCCUAACAGAGGCUUUUUCAGGCUCACCAAGGAUAAUAUGCUGUACCCAAAUCCUACAGUACAAUUAUUGGUUGACGAUUUCCCGAAGCACUAUUAUUUUAUCGGUAGAAUUCUUGGAAAAGCUUUGUACGAGAAUUUAUUAGUCGAACUUCCGUUCGCAGAAUUUUUCCUAUCAAAGAUCGUUGGUCGUCAAUCAGAUGUUGAUGUUCAUCAUUUAGCUUCCUUAGAUCCGAUUAUGUAUAGGAAUCUUCUGUACCUAAAAAGUUACAAAGGCGACGUUGCGGAUCUUGGCUUGGAUUUCACCGUAUUGUCCGAUGAACUCGGUGAAAGGCGAAUCGACGAAUUAAAACCAGGCGGUGCCAAUAUUCCUGUUACAAAUCACAAUCGUAUCGAGUAUAUUCACUUGAUGGCCGAUUACAAGUUGAACAAACAGAUUAGAGCACAGUGUUAUGCGUUCAAGCAAGGCAUAGGUAGUGUGAUCCCUCUGGAUUGGCUUCAAAUGUUUAAUAAUAAGGAGCUACAAGUUUUGAUAUCCGGUGCGCAAAUUCCAGUCGACGUGAACGACUUAAAAUUGCACACCAACUACACAGGAGGAUAUGCACCUGAUCAUCCGACAAUCACUGCGUUUUGGAAAGUUGUUAAUGAAUUUAACGACCAGCAAAAAGGACAGUUACUCAAAUUCGUUACGAGCUGCAGUCGACCGCCUUUACUUGGAUUUAAGGAACUUGAUCCACCUUUUUGCAUUCAACAUGCCGGCAGUAUUGAUCGCUUGCCGACUUCCAGUACCUGUAUGAAUCUGUUAAAGCUACCAGAGUUUCCAGACGAGAAAACUCUACGCGAGAAACUUUUAUAUGCGAUACAAGCUGGUGCGGGUUUUGAAUUGAGUUAAGCUCAGUUUUCUUUCCUAUUUUUAAGCGAGUCCUUUUAGUUAAAUCGGUGAUACCUGAUUGUAUAUAAAUUGUAAGUGUAAUUAACAUUAAGCACGUAUAUUUGAGAACAAACUACGAAUGCGAGAGUUGUCAUAAUUCAUUAAUGAAUAAGCGAUUCGACUCGAUGUUAAUUAAGUAAGCUUUGAAUGUAAUGUGUUUAUAUAUAACAGCAAGUAAGGACAAAAUACAGAUUUCGUUUGAACCAUUUUUUUUUUUCGUCCGUUAGAGGGCAGAAUAACUUGAGAAAUUUUCGUCGGAUCAGGCAAUAAACAUAUAAGAUUGUAAGGAGGGGCCAAUUAAUUAGCGGUAACGUCUGUUAAGGAGAACAACUAUCGAUAUAGCGGAGGAAUAUGUAUCGUUUGUAAAAAUAUGUUACCUUAUCCUACUCGAUAUGUACCAACUUAUGUGCAUACAUGUAUACAUAUACAUAUAGAUUGAUAUACGUAUAUAUACACGUACGACGCAUGUAUUUUAAUUGUUAUAACUUUUCUGCCCUUGGCCUAUAACUGUAAAUUGUGUAUAUUUUUUGUAUUCCAUCAUAAUUACCAACAACUAUAUAUCAAUAUUAAAUAUACAUGAGAGAGUA